UCAUGUUACAAUCGGAGUCUUUAGACCUGGCGAAAAGGUACUGGACGUACAGCAAUGAUGGGUCCAGAUAUGCGUUUUUUGCCUUUUUGGCUGCCAUAAUUGUCAUCUUUCUUAUUUUCACUUGUAUGCUUAAUGUCCGCAGAAUUAGACGGGGAAGAACACCCAUAAUUUCGCAAUACUUGGCACCUCCAAGCUACUAUCAGUCGCAGCGUCAAAAUCCGGAUAGCAACAGUGUGCCGUUGCCGACUUAUACACCACAGCCGAAUCCUAAUCAGGACAUCGGGUACUACGACAUUAACGGAAACUUCAUUCCGUACUCCAAAACAAGCGGAUCCGGCGGUCCCAAUGAGCAAAGCGGAGUGAACGGAGGCAGCCAGACGGCUCCAAAUCCCUUCGACCAUCAAGGAACAGGCCAAACCAGCUCGCCAUAUGCUCAGCCUCCCGCCACCGAGCCAAUAAGCUCGCCAGAGCAAGUGUACUCUCGCCCAGCCGAUGCCGAGACUUACCCUACGUAUACUUCGCAUUCUUCCAGCGCGAACCCCCCAGCAAACUACACUCCUCCGCCAGGGCCACCUCCGACUCAUAAAAAGGACUACUAG